CUCGCGUCUUACACCUCGUCCAUCGAUUCUAAGCCUGAAGCCUGGUAGGUCGUCGUCGAUCCCCGUCGUCCUCCGCGUCGUUAGCAACGUAGUUGGCCAUGGCUGCUGACGCAGCCGAAGAUGGCCCAACCAAGCCUCAAGCCAACAACAGAGAGCGAAGCGAACCCGAUUUCUGCAGUCUGCAGUAUACUCGAGGCCUUUGGGCCAGCAGAACGUGUGCGUACAGUGAAUUUUCUAUAUAGUUGGUUUAUUUAGUUCUGUUCCUCAUUGGAUCGCAUCGAGUCCUCCUCGGUCUGCGCCAAGAGAGACGCGCAUCGCGCCACCUUGGAUUUGGAUUAUUUGGACGUCUCUGUCGAGAAGCGUUGCGACAUCGACGGCGACACAGAACCAACACACCACGAGGUUUUGCCACCUAGCGUUUCGUGAGCGGGUGCCGAACAGAUCGCCGCUGCGGUGGUUUUAGCAUGUCAGUGCCUUCGAUGGUACAUCGAUCCGGCGGUUCUCUGAUAGUGCGCAGCCUAGUCAGCGGGGACGCUCUGUAUGAUCGCACCGACGUCGUCGACAACAACCUCCUCGACGACGACCACGACGUCUACGUGGACGACGACGACUACGACGCCGAAGCACCACCGGGAAAUCACGAAGAGCAGAUCCGCGCUUCGAACAAAGACUUGCCCGAUUGCAAAGUAAAAAGAAACUACACGUGCGUCGGCUGCGACUUUUUCACGCAGAAUCCCCGCGUUUAUCUGUACCAUUUGCGCGAUGUCCAUCAGGAGAAAGUGAAGAUAUACGAGUGCCCUAACUGCCUGUACGCCUCGAAACACUUCCAGAAGCUGCUGCGGCACACGAAGAUGGUGCACGACGACGCGCCGUCCCCGAAGAAGGCGCUCGCGGAUGAGGCGGCGGCCGAUGAGGAGUUGGCGGAGGCAGCUGCAGCGGCGUCGCAACAGUCGGUGUUCAAGUGCUCGGUGUGUCCGUUUACUAGCAAAGCGGCCGCCGCGCUCGCUAAACACGAACGCGAAGAGCACAUUAAAACGAAGUUCUUCCGAUGUUCCAAGUGCACUUAUGUAACGCACAUCAAGGCGCGUUACACGAAACACGUCAAGUACCAUUCGAUGCCGAUGAUCAAGUGUGAAAUGUGCGAUUUCAGAACGCCCUACAAAUGGAACCUGGACAGGCAUUGCAAGAACCACAACGGGCACGGCGCCUUUAAGUGUUCGGCUUGCAAUUUCACCGCGGAUAUCAAACAGAGUUUGACCGUUCACGAGAUGAACCACCACGUGCCGCCGGUGGGCCAGGCGGCGGGAUUGGGAGUCGGGAGACGGCGCAAUAAGGUCGGCGCCAGCGACACUACCCUCGCCGAAGAGAUCGGAGGACAGGCGCAAACUCAGGCCGUCAAAAGUGAACCCAUCUCGCCAGUGCUACAAGUGGACGAAGAAACUAAAAAGCAGAAAGUCAAAGUAACACCCAAGAAAAUUAAGCUCGAGUAUGGUAAUAACGGUAAAGACUCAGAUUUUAUUAACCCCGAAGAUAUAAUACAUCACGCCAAUGGGAAAAUUUACUUCAAAAAUAAGUGUAAAUACUGUAAUUUUAAAUCAGCUUGGGACAGCGAGAUGGCCAAGCACGAGAGAAAAGCGCAUAACAUCGAAAGAGAAGACAGCAAACCGAUGAUCAAAAAACCCCCAAGACCAGUGCCUAAUCUCAUCCCGAUUCCAUCGCAGCUAUCUCCACUCAAAAAACCCAAACUUGAAGAGUCUAGAGAACCUAUCAUGAGCCAAAAGGACAUCAACGACAUCUGCGCCAAAAGCUCCAAUAGCGUACUCAAGGACUUCGCCUCUCUGUUCGGCUCAGAAGACGUCUUCAAAUCAACCCCAAAAGUACCUGAUCUCAUACCUGCUGCUGUGUACAACAAUAACUAUACCUCAACUAAGGGCAAUAAGAUAACCGAUGUUUUCAAACAGAAAAACGCAUCAUUUUUCGACAGCCUUAGGGAGAAACUGGAACUAGGCACGCUUCAAAGUGGCAAUUUAACUUGCAAUAUGUGCGGUCAUGAAAGCAAAUGCCUUACCGAACAUGCUAAACACCAAAAAACUUGUGGUAAAGGAACCAACAAGAACCAAUCUAUUAUACCUUUACACAACAUUAGUUCCUCUAGAUGUCAGUUCUGCAGGCAGAGGUGUAAAUCUAGCACGGAUCUUUACAAUCAUCUGCAAAUGUGCCCAGAAGCGAGAAAAGCCCAAAAUCUCCUAUUACCCAAAGAAGAAGAAGAAGAAGAGGAAUCCGAUACGGAAGGAGAACUAAAAAUAGAUGAAAGUCAAGACGAAACCGAUAACAAGCCACACCCAAUGGAAAAUAAAGUCUUUGUUUGGAACGACAUCGUAGUUCCUAUGGAUAUAGAAGUUGACGAUUCAAAUUACGAAUAUACAGAGGACAAAGUUGACGAUAACGUCUCUUUAGAUCUUUCAAUUCGUACUCAAUCACCUCUAGAUAGUGAAAAUAGUGGUUUAGGACAAGAAUCAGUAACUCCAAAUAGUGUUCAACAUUCUCCUAUACCGAGUAGUAAUGAAAAGAUUCCCACACAUGGCAACGACAUAUCUGUAGCUCAACACAAACGUGUCUUUAAAUGUCCCCAUUGCACCUUUUGGGCAUCUACAGCAUCCCGUUUCCACGUGCAUAUAGUUGGUCAUUUGAACAAAAAGCCUUUUGAGUGUUCCUUGUGUGCCUAUCGAUCUAAUUGGAGAUGGGACAUAACCAAACACAUCAAACUCAAAUCCGUCAGAGAUCAGGCACAUGAGUCAGCUAAAGUCUUGAUGACUGACGAAACUGGAAGGCGCAAUUAUACCAAAUACAACAAGUACCUGACUGAGAUCCCUGUGACCAGUGCUCAGAGCAUGGAAACCAGUGGAGGCUGUGGAACUAGACCUAAACAUCACGAUAGAAAUUCUUCGCCAUCUACCAGCAAAUCGGACUUGAAGUCGAAGACUUCUAAUAACAACGACUAUAAUUCAGUGCUAAAGAAUUCUUCGCCCCUUAGGGCGCCACCUGCUUUGAAAAUUCCUGAUGGGUCCUUUAUGACCGAAAUCGUAGACAAGAAAAGAAAUAACAACGAGGGAAGGAAGACGCAGUACAAAUGCAAGAAGUGCAAUUUCAAACAUGCCUCCAGAGACAUCCUAUUGCAACACGUAAAAGGCCACUACCAACAACAACCUCUUACACCGGUGUCGUCGCACCACGAAAUACCAACAUCAGUAUCUGAUCGAGCUUCUACGAGCGGCGGAGGCAUUUCGAGCAUCCACCAUCAUCAGGCGGACGUAGCGCAGGAUUUGAGUUUAAGGGGUACGAGUCCUGAUAGAGAUGAGGCAAGUGUAAAUAACAUAAAUGGCGGGAAGGGAGGCGGUACAGCGCCCUUCCGGUGCGGUCAUUGCAACCAGGUAUCUAACUGGAAGCAUGUCAUCCAGAGGCACUGCAGAUUGAAGCACAGUGGGGAUGUCAGAGUAAUAAGCAACAAAAACGGUCAAGAAAAAAUUGAAGUAGAAGAAUUGACCGACGAACCCGAUCAUGUCGAUGUCAUUCAAGAUGGCGCCUUCAAAUGUACUUUCUGCCCCUUUUCCACUAACAACAAUCCAAAUUUUGAACAACACCUUUCUGGACACGUUCCUGCCGAAGACAGCAUUUUCAAAUGCUUCUAUUGCAAGUAUUACGUCAAUAAGAAAGAAGAUCUAAGCGAUCAUUUGAGACUUCAUGGUAUAACAGACCCAGAAGACUUCUUGAAUAAGAUGUCAGAAAAGAUUAACAACGACAGUGAAGGAAAGAAAUUUAGAUGCUUAACAUGUCCAUAUGUAACCAAUUCUAAAUCGCAGUAUACAUAUCACAAACAAUUUCACAAGCCUAGGGGCGGCCAGUACACUUGCAGCCAUUGUUCUUACAACGUUAGUAAACGUCACUUACUGCACCAACAUCUUAAAGUGCAUGGUAUCAACGUAGCUACCCACAAACAAAACGGCGAGGUUAUGUUCCUCGACGAAACAGCAGACGACAUAGAGGAAGUGCAUCAAUCUACGUUCAACAUCGACCUUCAAAACUUACCAGAUAUCCCACUGGUUUGGGUAUCUAAAAACGGGAAGUUCUCCAAAAUGUUUAAAUGCAGAUACUGCCCUCACGUCAAUUUAAGAAAAGUCAAUAUCCAGGAGCACGAAAAAAUGCAUAGUGUUCGCGAAAAAAAUGCCAAUACUACCAAAAUGAAUGAUGUUGAACACAGAUGCACUGAAUGUAACUACAUUUGCGCCAAUGCAGGUGUCUUAUCAUCGCAUUCUAAAGUACAUCAGGGUUUAUACGGGAUAGUUCAUCGUUUGGUAGAUCCAUCGAGAAGCGAUGAGGAGCAAAUUAGGGAAUUGAGCAGAGCUAUUGGUAUCCAACCAGCAGAGAACCCCCAAGAUGAUGAUCCAGUAGAUUUUAGUUUAUUAGAUGAAGAAAUAGAUAGUUCUUCUGGAACAGGAACAGUACUAUACUUCUGUAAGGAGUGCCCAGCUAGAUUUCUCAAAGAAAACGAAUUUGGAAUCCACAAAAGGUUCCACGGAUCCAAACUAUUCUACAAAUGCGACCAUUGCACUUAUACCUCUAGAGAAAACCCUCACCUUAUUUCUCAUUCCAAAGUCCACACUAAUGAAUACCAAGAGAGAACCAAAGUAUUACAAAACAUGUAUGUUACUAGUUCAAAUUACCCACAACCAAAGAUACAAACUAUAAAAUUAGAAAAUGCAAAACAAAUUUAUGUUGUAGCGGAAAAUAAGCUUAAUUCAGAAAUGAGUACUCUAUGCAGCAUUUUAAAUAAACCCGUGAAAUCGUCUCAAAACGUGCCAUUGUCAGGAACCGAUUUGUUCUUGCAAAAAUCAGAGGCCGAGCAAAAACACGCUGCGGAAAUGGGUCGCGAACCAUCUCCUCAACGAAAUUUGGAUUUUAACAUAGCGGAGUUGAUGAGAGGAAAUCCAGAUUUCAUCUAUCAACCUAUAAUGAAGAACGGUAGAUUGAAGGAGAAGCGAUACAAGUGCCAUAUGUGCCCCACAGCUUUCGAAAAACGAGAGCAGUACAAGAUACAUUUGGGCUUGCACGGCUCCGAGCAGCGUUACAAAUGCGAGGACUGUGAUUAUUCUGUCAAGUAUUACGCUAACUAUGUGCAACACUUGAAGAAACACAAGAUGAACGCUGACGCUCACGCGGCAAGGCGUUCCAGCGACGAUACAGAAUUAGAAAUAGACGAAACAAUGGAAGGAACCAUUAUACUUAAAGAAGAAUUGUCUACAGCCGACCAACAAAUCGAAGCGUUAGAGAAUAUCAAGCGCGAAGAACAAAUCAAGGAGGAAGAUAAAAAGUUCUAUUGGUGUUCCUUCUGUCCUUAUUCUAGUAACAGGAAAGAUGCCGUGGACAAUCACCAGAAACGCCACGCCAGCGUUUCGGGUACCAACAGUACCUACACGUGCGAACACUGUGAUUAUACCGUGCCACAAAGUCACUUUUUGCGGGAACACAGUAAGCUUCAUUUCGUGCGCAAUAAUACCAACCAAGUAGAGGGUUAUAUGACGUGCGAUAACAUGAAGCUGCUGGAGAAAAAUGGUAAAGUGGUUUUCGAAGAGCACGGUCGGGAGGACUGUAAGUUCUCCCCGCCGUUGAACGGAGAGGUUACGAUUAGAUUUAAUAACAACGAAGGUGAAAAACAAUUCGUUAAUGUACAAACAGGUGAAUUAGUUGAUGGGAAGGAUUUUAGUGAUAAGCAAUCUGUAGACGAUUGCAAAAUGGAAGUAAUUUAGUCAGACUUCUAGUGAUAAUUAUUAUUACCUGCAUACUUUAAUUCAUCGGAAAAUCUACUUAAAUACCUAAUAAUAAAAAAAAUUAUCGUGUUAACAUUGCCUUAGUCAUAGAGUAUUUUUACAAGAGUAUUUUCACACGAUGUUAGAAAGGAAUUUAAUACCGUAGUAUUAUCACCAAUUUUCAUACUUAUAUAUUAAUUCUAUGUAUAUAUAUCUUGUUCUGUUAGAAAGUAUUAAUUUUAUUUUUCAUGGGGUUUAAUGCCAAAGCAUUCAAUGCCAAAAUUUGCCAUAACUUUAUUGUUGUUUUUGUUUUACAGAAGAGAGA